AUGAUUCCGUGGCUGCUGCCACUUUUGUGGCUCCGCGUCGCCUCGGCACAACAAAGAAUCGUCGAAGGCCCGCGCGACACUUUCUCCACGAUUGGGGAAACUGUCGUUCUGACCUGUAAAGUUGAAAACCAGGUUCGUAUGGUUUUUUUGAGAUUCAGAGCAAAGUUUUAAAAGUUAGGAAAAGUAAAAAGUAAUUUCCCCUGAUCCCUGAAGACUUCAAACUUUUCUUCUAGUCACGCCGAUGAACUUCUCGUGGAGUAAUCGGUGGCAAUCAUGUUACAUUCAGAACAAGAUUAAGACAUAAACAUAAGAGUUGCGUAUGGAUAUCUUUUCUCACACAUUGUACCUUUAAUCGCUCAUAGAAUUUUAUAAAAUUGCUCCAUCUGUGGGAGAACUAAGUUUCGAUUCUACGCCAGAAAUAUUUAUAAUUGUGUUAGUUAUUUAAAUCAUGAGAUUUUUUUGGGAAACUUUCAAAUUAUCUAAUCAUUUGAGUUAGUGAAGUUAGAACUUUUGCUUCAAAAUAUCGGCCAGAAAUUCCAUCGAUUGUCGAAAAAAAAAGUGAACCAUUUCUAUUUUUAUCGAAAAAGCUUUCUGGUCGCCGCCUUUUUCAAAAGAAUGUCCUCCUGCGGAAAACUUCUGCACACUGUUCCUGGUGCCUUUGAUUCAAUUACCGCCUCGUAGGACGCUGCAACACGCGGCAUUUGCAUAGAUUUACGGGCUCAGGCCAAACGAAAAUGUUCCAAAAGCCGUGUGGCCGCUCGGACUUUGGAAUUCUCACGAGACCAUUUUCGGCAGAUUUCUUGCUACAUGAAAGCAAACUCGAGUCUCAAGAUGUUACUGAGGAUUUCAAGGAAAACUUUUCUGAGUCGACUGAAAGAAAUUAACAACAGAUAGGAAAAAUCUGGAUGAAAAUCUGAAAAAAAAAAAACAAAAAGGAUUUUUUUUCGAACUCUCAUUGUUGUUACUUACAAGAAAAGGAGAUUCAAAUACCUUGUGAAGAAAAAAAAAUUGAAAGAUCAAUUUUUAAGAGUCUACAAGAAGGUAAUCAAAUAUUGUGUUCGAGGUUUCUUUUUUGAAAUUUCCGACUGGCAAGAAUAAUUUGUCGCUGUUUUCAAGAAACAACUUCAAAAAAAUUGUGAGCUGUUCAGGUUCAAACUUGUGAGAAGCUCCAUUGUCACUUUUGUUGAUUUUUUUUUUGUAGUUCAAAAGAGGUUGAUUCUAUUGAAUCUUUUAUUAUUAACAUGAACAUAACAUGUUUCAUUCCAGCAAGGACCAGUACAAUGGAUGAAGAACGAAUUCGGGCUGGGAACGGUCCGAGACAAGCCACUUCCAGGCUAUAAAAGAUACCGGAUGAUUGGCAGCACCGCUGCCGGAGAAUAUAAUCUUCAGGUUUACCGAUUCCGGAGUUCUUGUUUCCAAGAUUAUAGUUUUGCAGAUCGAAAACGCGACGCUGAAAGAUGACGACGUUUACGCUUGUCAAAUUUCAGCCACCGAUAAUGAUCCAGCCGUCGUUUCGAGAAGCGCCAAACUUACGGUUUUAGGUUAAUUUUAGAAAUUUCCGUUUCAGAAGAAAAAUCGGUUCAAGAAGUCAAAGCAUAGAGAAAGUUGUCUGCAACCAAGAAAUAUUUUUUCCAAAAAAAAAACUGUUACAUUUGAUUAUUCUUCAGGGCUAGAUUUUUUACUUGUAAAAAUAUUCACUCAUUUUGUUAGCUUUAUUUUUUCUCCUGCUAUAUGAAAGCAGUUGAAUUACAAAUCGCUAUCAAAACAGGCAUCAAAAAGCCAUAAGAGGAUUCCAAUUGGCGUCUGAAUAGACGAAAUAUUGAGGCCCCGGCAGUUGAGUCUAAGACAAAUUCACUUCAUUUAUCUUGCAAGUGAUGGUCGCUGAUGUGGCCGCCAAAUGCGGCACAGCUGCUGCCGGAUGAGUUUUGCCGCCGCGCAGCCGAGAUCUUUCCCCAAACGAUGUGUAAAUCUGUGUAAAUCUCGAAUUUUUUCUGAUGGUUGAUUGUGAAAAGUCUGUUGGUAGAUUCAUCGUCAAAAUAAUAUGAGUUUUGUUAGUAAGGUCAUCCGAUUUUCGAUCGACAUGACAGGAAAACGACAUGAAAAGCCCGUUUUCAGGCAGGGUAAUAUACUAUUUGUUCUUUUUCGAAAAAAAUUUUUGAGAGCUAUUCGAAGAAUGUUGACUAAAAGUUUUACUAUACUUCUGAACGAGGCUUGAAAAAAGUUACAAAAUUUUUUUUAACACAAUAUUUUACGAACUAUGUGAAGUUAUGAUCUUCAUUCUUUCUCUAAUGACAUUUAUAUAACUGAAAUUUUCAGCGUCAACUCAAAACAUAAAUUUUGAUGGAGAAACGGAGCUUUUUUCAGUCCAUGACUCCCAUUUUUUCGCUUUCUCUAACUGCUCCAAAUCACAAGUGUUAGACGACUCUCAUACGAUCACAACGCAAUUGACAGAAACAUUUUGGAUUUGUGUCCGGCAGUCCAUCGGUCGGUGUAAAUCACGUUGGCGACACGCAUCUCCUUGACAUAAAACAACUACGAGCCGUCAAACGGAUUCGUCUUGCGGCUAAUUGCAAAAACUAUGCAUCGCAUCCGACGCGGCUCUCACCCAUUUUCACGCCACAAAAAACCAAUCUAAACGCCGACGUUUCUCUGAAACGCUUUUCUCGAUUCUCGAAAUGUUGUUUGAAAAGAAAAGAUUGGAUAAAAAUAGCGGAUUGACAUCAAAAACUAUGAAAUGUUGUUUUAUAGUGAAACCGAGCCCGCCAAAACUUAACAAGGUUCAUCAUUCUCUGAAAGCGAUCGCAGGAGAGAAAAUCACGCAAUCUUGUGUUUCAAGAAAAAGGUAAGAAAUAGGAUGAUAAUUUUUUUGAUGGGAAACGUCUUUUUUUGCUUGAUAAAAAGAAAGCAAAAACUUCUAAAAGACAUAGUGAAAAAAAUUUUUUUUUCGAAAACAUGGAUUUCCAAGGUUUUAUGAAAGCAAUUCAAGAACCUUGAAGACCUUUCACACAAUUCAAAAUUUUCGAGCCAUGCUGUUUCGCCUAAAAAAUUAGCAACAUUUUAAUGGGCUCUUGAAACGAUUUAAAAAAUGAUCUGAAAAAAUGAAAACAAAUGUUUACAGGAAAGCCUCCUCCGCGGCUUGGUUGGGCACUUGCUGACGAUUCAAAUGGUGUGAAUAUUGUAACUUGGCUCGGAGAAACUCGCUCAAAAUUCGGGAGAAUAUAUUGUGAGAGUCUUUUAGUUCUGUUUAUCAAAAGAAUACUUUUCUCAGCUAACAAUGGAAUAGCGCAAGAGUCUGUGAUGGCGGACAUAACCGAGUCAAUCCAAGUAGAGAGCGAAGGUUCUCAUGGGAGGAACGACUCCAACGUCUACAGUAUCAUCAGCAACAUUUCGUGAGUUCAAUUUCAACAAAUGAAGUUUUCAAUAAUGAAUUUCAGCUUUGUUUUGCGGCCUGAAGAUGAUCAAAAGUACUUGGUAUGCAUGAGUCAACAUGAAACUUUCUCAGACACUGUAAGAAAAGUCAGAAAGACGAAUUCCUAACUUUCAUUUUCAACAGGCUCAAACGGAUUCUCUGAAGCUGUCUCUUCGCUAUGCACCUAGAGUGAACCUGACGAUCGCUUCGAAACUUCCAUUGAGAGAAAAUGGAUCAGCUCUCUUGGCUUGUAAUGUUGACGCGAAGCCUCUGGAUAACAUCAAAAUCGCGUGGUUCAAAGGAGACGAUAAACUGAGGGAUUCGACAGAUGUGAGAAUUUUUUUAUUUUAUGAUCCAAUUCAAAAAUUUUCAGACACUUGCUGUGGAAACACUGCAAAUGUCGGAUCAUGGAAAAGAGUUCCAUUGCGAAGCUGCCAACGCGAUCGGCAAAACUCGGGGAAGUCUCAAAAUGAGCGUCGCAUGUAAGUUUCUGCAAUAUAUUUUGAUAUCCAGUUGGGAGCUCAACGAAACUCUGCUAAAAUGUACUUCGUGAGCUUUUCGUUCUAACUUAUGCCUUUUUUUUUAGUUCCGUUCAAUCUUUUUUUUUACAAAAAUCAAAAAUGUUGGACUUUCUCCUUAAUUUGCAACCCUCAAGGCUGUAUUACUCAACUUGAUAGCAUAUGUAUAUAUACAUAUAUGUGAAAUAAACUUGCGAAAGGGAUAUAUGGAUACCUCAGAAUACAUUUUCACUGAAUUUCCUCAAACUUUUUUUAUCCGAAAGAUUUAGAUUCACAAUAAUUUUUUUGGAGUUUUUAUUUACGAGGCCACACUGAUACUGUAAUUUUUAUUUCGAUUAAAACUAAAUAUUUCGGCUUGAAAGUUUGAGAAUCGGAUUUUAUUUCCAAAACCUCAUAAAACGCAUUCCAUUUGACAAACGCAAAAAAACGCAUAGAAUGGUAUUACAAAUUGGAUUAGGACAGUUCUAAAGCGCGUUCGUUCGAGCAAUCCAUCAAAUUUCUUGAUAAACAUACGUGUUGUGGGUGGAUUACGCAUAACUCAUCAAAUAUUCAUCUGUGGACCGCUUAAGCUCGAGUGCAAGCUGCAAAUUGAUGUAGGGUCGAGCCGAAAUACCGAGGAACACAUGCACGCGGCUCAUUUAUCUUGCGCGUCCAAUUGUACGACUCACCUUGUGGAUUGAAGGAUUGAAGACCAAUCACCCACAUGAAACACAGGGUCAUUUUCCACGUCGUUUCUCAAAUGACAAGACCGAUUUCGAGAAAAAAAAACGAUACUCCAACUUGCUGAAUACUUCUUAAUGAAACAGAUUGCUUCAUGGUUGUCGCAAUAACCUUAUCCAAAAAAAAUCAAUCCAAGAAAACGAUUACCGUUCAGACCGUUUUUUUCUAUUCAUCGCUACUUUGAGACAUAAAAUACUUUAGAAGCGUCUAAAACGCUUUUUUCACUUGAUUUUUUUGUUGAUCAAAAAUUUUUUCCUUAAUCUUCCAAUUUUUGCGUUAGACUCAGAGCGAUUCGCGCGUGCAUAGAUCGUAAGGCGUUUGAUAAAACUGUUCAAAAUCAUUUCCAAUGGAAAUUUUUCCAGUUGGUGCAAGAAUAAUGUCGACGCAACAAGACAAGGAAGUGAACGAAGGCGACACAGCGAGCUUCCAUUGUGCCACGGUAGGAAAUCCACCGCCAACCGUAUUUUGGACAAAAGGAGGCAGCGAUCAAAUAAUCGGCCGAGGAGAAAAGUGAGUCCAAAAAUGUUUAUUUUUUGAAACAAAAGUUUUAGUUUGACCAUCGAGAACGUCAGAACUUGGCAACAAGGAGAGUAUAUCUGCACGGCAGCAGUUGAAGGCUUCAAGAGAGAAGCUUUGUCUCACUAUCUCCACAUUCGCGGUACAGUUAUUAAACAAUAACUCAGUCGUUCUUUCUGAUGCAGGUCCACCCACGGUGACAAUGGGAGAUGAGUUAUCAGCCGCUCUGGACGACUCAAUUGAGAUUUCCUGUCGGAUAAGUGGUCGACCGAUCACUUCUAACAUCAGAUGGAGCAAAAACGGCAAAGAAAUCAAUUUCGCCAACGGCAGAACUCAGGUGGAAAUAUUUUGCUGGCUCUUGAUCAUAGAAAUCUUUCAGGUUCAUCAAGUUCCUCAGCCAUAUGGAGUUGAAAGCACUAUGAAAAUCAAGAAUGUGAAAGAAGAAGAUUUUGGAAUUUACAACUGCACGGCUAAUAAUGGGCUUGGCUCAGACGGUCGUGGAAUUCGAGUGAAACAAAGAAGUUUUGUAGACUUACUAGGUUUGAUUUUGACCUUAAAUUUCUGAAGAGGUUGCCAAUUUUCUAGCGGACGUGGACCAAACGGUCGCUCUCGGAAUUCUGACGGCAGCUCUCCUUCUGCUCAUCUGCUGCUGCUGCUUCUUCAUUUGCAGGAAUGCCUGCUCCUCCAAAAAGUCGAAGUUUAUAGGUAGGGAAAGCAAGUUCAGGGGAGUCUUCAUUGAUUCUGUGUAGGUUUAGAUGAUCAAUCUGACGUCACCGUCAAAUGCGAAGCUUUGGACGGUCAAUUUUUCCCAGAAAUGUAUAGCAGCAGCCCAGUUGAUAAUGGGAACUUGGUUGGAUCAAAGGUUGGAUUUUUCCAAUAAAUUGAGAAUAACAUAUUUUAUUUCACUUUGGGGUAUUUUUAAAUUAUAGCUUUAAAACAGUUCAAAAAAAGGGGUAAACUAGCCUGGGAAGAUUUUUGUUCUUCAAGAAGAGCAAUAACUCUAGCACUUAAAAAUUGUGGCGACUUUUUGGAAUAAUCUCAAUUUCGGAGAAAAAUUUAGAUUCCCCCUCCUCCCCCCAUUCCUCCUCUAUUGAGAACUUUCGAGAAACUAUAUAACAUUAGACAUCACAAUCGUAUAUUUCCAGGACUACAUCUCAAUACCGCAGAACAAUCCUGAUCUCGACUACUUGGGUCCUCCAUCAAGUUUUGGCGCCCCGCCUAAUCUAUAUCCAAAGUACAUCAAUGGGUCAACCAAUGAGUAUAACGUCAUGUGCGGACGUUACGAUCACUCCUACGGAUCAUUCGGUUCUGGACUCUCUACUGGAGGUAAGCGCACCUCUUUUUCUUGGUCUUCCUCAAAUUUUUUUAGGCAACUGUUUAUUCAAUUUUCUAUUUGAAAAGUAAAGGGAAGAUUUCAAAGUUCUGAGAUUUUGUUGGAACAAAAGUUUGACAUAUUUUCGGGAGCCUUGAGUCCAACAGAAACAGUUUUUCCCACUGGGUCAGAUUUUUUUCAAUCAUUCAAACAAGGUGCUCCAAAUUUUCAGUUUUUCUAAAAGGCUGUGACCCUAUCAUUUCGUCACAACUUUUUAUUUAUUCGCAAAAAUGAAUUAUUUAUGCACUAAUACCAGAGGAAAAUUCUGCUUAUUCGGACUUCAUAUAAGUUUGCUGUCUUCAAAAUCAACUUUUUGAGAAACUUUUUCGAGACUGUGCAAAAAUCUGAGACUAGAAAGAUACCAAUUUUAGUGGAAAAUGUUAUUCGGUAAAAAAGUAUUUUGAUAUUAAUCAUUUGCAGGUUUCAAAGACUACAGAAAAGAAUACUCGAAAAAAAAAAUUAACUUGAGAGUGCUUAAAGAUAAUUUUCGACAUUUUCAGGUCUUUCCGACAUGUACGGCAUUGGAGCGAGCGACAAGAUGCCAGUAAUGGAAACUUUGCAAGAAGUCGACACACCGAAGGCCUCCAAUUACAACUUCCUCGCCUCGCCAGGGACCGGCCGACCUAUGAGCCGCACAUCCACCCACGUGUAA